AUGUUCUUCAUCAAGCUUGUGGCUCUUUCAGUUCUGUCCUUGUCCGUUGUAAACGGUCAGGGCACUGACGAAUGCCCCGAAAUUCCAGAGACGGGGAUCACUAUCGGCGAUCCCGUCCCCAUCCGACCGGAAGAUAUCCCAGCUGGCUGUUCUGAUUUUGAGAUUCUCGUUGCUCGAGGAACGAGUGAGCCUAACUAUGUUGGAGGUGGCGGCAAGUUUGGCAUCAUAGUCGGCGACCCGGUCGUUAGCAAUGCCACUGUUGCUCUGCCUGGUGCCAGAGGAUACCCGUAUCCGGCCAGCUCGCAAAUCAUCACGGGCGUUCGUCAAGGUUCUAGAGACGUGGUCAACCGUCUCAAGUCUCAGGCUACUGCCUGUCCCAAUCAGAAUUUCUCUCUUGUCGGAUACUCUCAGGGCGCAGCUGUGAUGCAUGCUGCCGCGGCUGACAUUCCGGCCGAGCUCUAUGGCCGCAUCAAAUCGUUAGUAAUGUUUGGAGAUGGAUACUUGAAGCUCGGAGCCAGCCUUAGCAAGUUCCCUGCCGGACUGAACGAGAAAGCGAGGCAGGUUUGCGAUGCCAAUGGCACCUGCACAUUCUUCCACCUCACUUACAUUCGCCCCGAAUUCAUUGAUCCUGCAGUCGACUUCAUUGUCCAGAAGUUCAUUCAGUAA